CAGGGAAGUGGCGCGAAGAAACGCGAGAUGGCAGCACCGUCCCACCUGUGACAUUUACACACAGUUCAUUCACCUGCAGGCACCAGCGGCCUCAGACCAGAGCUGUGUUUUGGUGAUCCUGCGAUGAGGUUUACGGCCACAGUUGAGACAUCACAGCAAUGAGAGGGUGGCCACAAUGAUCUGGAUCCUGCUCCCUCCGCCUCCCAGAGAGAGAGAGAGAGAGAGAGAGAGAUAGAGAGAGAGAGAGAGAGCACAGUCACAUGCAGAGAGGAGCAGGGACGAGAGACAGAACAGAAGAGAGCUGUCAAGCUGCGAGGAGGCAGCGGAGAGACGACUUUCUUGGAAUACAUUCUCCCCUCCAUCUCUGAAGCCCACACACACACUCAAAAAAUAUAAACACACAAACACACAGAUGGUAAAGUGUGUGUGAAUGCUGCUGUUACUCCCUCACAAGGAGCGGUGAAUUAUUUUCUGGAUCUGGACUAACUCAAGCCUCACUCACUUGGACUCUAACAGUGUUUGGAUUCAGCAUCUUUGUGGCUUGGACUUGAACUCAGAUCAGAUUCAGAUUGUGUUUUGAACAGUUCAACACUUUGGACUAAGAGUGUGUGUCCCUGUGUGUGUUGGGAUUCAGCACCUGAACACUGAAAUUUUGACUGAAACUGUGCUUGCUGCCACUUGUUAGUCACCUGAAGAGGAGGAGGAUGUGUUGGCCGGUGACAGCGGUUCUGCUAACCUUCUUCGGGGCCACCUUAACCGGGGCAUGGAGAGCAUCUCAACCAAGACUGCAGUUCACACAUUCAGAGCUGAUCCAGAAUGGCCGCCUGCUCACGCUGCCCCUAGUCGCGGGAGACCUCCACUCCCUGAUGCCUGACGAAGAUGGGAGGCGUCUGUACGUGGCCAUGAAAGAUAACCUGCUGUCUACCAGUCUGGAUGACAUAACACAGAACCCACGCAAGCUGUACUGGCCAGCCAGUCCAGACCGUGUCCAAGAAUGCCUCAUGGCUGGGAAGGAUCCAGAGAUGGAGUGUGCUAACUUCCUGCGAGUUCUGCAGCCUUUCAAUCAGUCUCACCUGUACGUCUGUGGCACCGGAGCCUUCAACCCUCGAUGUGCUUUCAUCUCUACCAGUGUCUUCCAACAGUCAGAGUACCAGACCCUCUCCUACAGCCAGACAGAGUGUGGGAAGGGGAAAUGUCCCUACGAUCCAUUCCAGAAAACAGCCUCCGCUGUUGUUGAUGGAGAGCUGUACGCUGGAAUCACCUCAGACUUCAUGAGCCGGGACUCUGCCUUCUUCCGAAGCCUUGGCAGCCGUCGCGUCAUCCGCACCGAGCAGUACGACUCCAACUGGCUGCAGGAUGCCCAGUUUGUGCGGGUAGCGCCGCUGUCUGAAACUGAUAAUCCAGAAGAUGAUAAGGUCUACGUGUUCUUCACCGAGCGCGCUCAGGAGGCAGAGGGGGCCGCUGGCAAGGUGCUCUACUCCAGAGUGGCACGUGUGUGCAAGAAUGACAUCGGAGGCCAGAGGAGUUUAGUCAACAAGUGGAGUACCUUCCAGAAGGCUCGCAUGGUGUGUUCAGUCCCAGGACCAGACGGCCUGCAGACACACUUCGACCAGCUGCAGGACAUCUUCAUCCUCCACGGGAAAGAUAAGAAGAACCCUCUCAUCUAUGGUCUGUUUACCACUUCAAGUGAUAUCCUGAAUGGUUCAGCAGUGUGCGUUUACCGAAUGGAGGAUGUGGUUCGGGCUUUCAAGGGGGACUUCCUGCAUAAGGAGGGACCUCAGUAUAAGUGGGCAGAAUUCACAGGCAAGGUGCCCUACCCAAGACCAGGAACUUGUCCGAGCGCUACAUAUGGAAGCUACAGCUCCACCAGAGAGUAUCCUGACGACGUCAUCUUCUUCAGCAGGACUCAUCCACUGCUGCAGGAAAAUGUGCUGCCGCUGGGAGAGCGCCCCCUCCUUGUCAGAGUGGGAGUUCACUACAAGUUCAGCAAACUGCUGGUGGACAGAGUGGAGGCCGUGGACGGUACCUAUGACGUCCUGUUCAUCGGCACAGACUCAGGCCUCGUGCUGAAGGCUAUUCAUCUGCCAAGAGAACACGGUCAGAGUCAGGAGGUCACUUUGGAGCAGCUGCAGGUCUUUCAGCACAAAUCACCCGUGACAGCCAUGACACUCUCAAAGAAAAAGCAGUGGUUGUUUGUGGGUUCCAGGGAGGGUGUGUCCCAGCUGGGCCUGUACCAAUGUGAGCUGUACGGUCAGGCCUGUGCUGAGUGCUGCCUGGCCAGAGAUCCAUACUGCACCUGGGACGGACACGCCUGCAGUCCCUACAUGCCCACAGUGCGCAGGAGGAAUGCUCGUCACUUAGGGGAGGAUGAGGACCCACUAACCCAGUGUGUCAGACAGGGAGCCGGGCUGCAGGUGGAGGCAGAGCAAAGGGUGAUGAUGGUUGCCGAAGGCAACAGCACCUAUCUGGAGUGUCUACCCCGAUCCAGACAUGCUGCUGUUACCUGGUACAAACAGGCCGGAGAGAACAGUCCUGAACUAAACCAGGUGGUACCAGGUGACCAGCUGGUGGUGAUCGAGCGGGGUGUCCUGAUUCGUAAAGCUGAGCUGUCUCACGGGGGCGUCUACCACUGCCAGGUGGAGGAGCACGGCUACCACUGGACCGCCGUCACCAUCCGCCUCGCCAUCUGGAGCCCCUCAGCCAAUCGCCUUCUCACUUCCUGGUCCAGCACGUCCUAUCAUACCACAGGACCCCAGCCCUGGUAUGAGGACGUGAUGCCGCUGAUUCACAGAGGAAACCUCGGCCAGCACUGCAGGGCUCUGGGAUACCGCCCCCCACGCAACCACCGUCGCCACGGUGACACCAAGAUGGAGCCGAACAAAGAGAAAGAGAGGGGGGAGAGGCACAAGCACGGGGGAGGAGGAGGAGGUGGAGGAGGAGGAGGGGGGGUAAGGGCAGCAGGGAGGAAGAGCAGGAGCAAGCCGCAGCAGAGGGCACCAAGGAGCGCUUGAAUGUGUCGCGGAACAGGAGGGCAGACUUAAACACACACACAUACACACAUACACAUAUGUUAAUGUCUACUCUACAACACACACACACACACACACACACACACACACACACACACUUAACUUAUACACUGAGACAGACAUAUACUGUAUGUACAGAGACUAUGACAUGCGCAUGCACUUAUCUACAAACAAAAAAAGGCAUCCUUUCAUUAUCGUGACAAACUAAGCUACACAAACAUCUGAAGUAUGUACAGGAGGACGUGAACAGCAAAGACUGUUGGACAAAGACUUGUGAAUAAAGAAACUAAAGUAGAAUACGUUAGGUUGCAUAGCAUGUUGAAUGAAGGAUGAACCGCAUGUCCAGAGCACUCAGUUUAACUCACUCUGUGUCGUGACAAAGGGCGUGGGAGAGGAUUUAAAUUUUGGAUUCCCUGAGUAGAUAUUGAACAUUUGAAAAAAUUAUCCAACCAUUCUGAAAUUAGUGCUGCCUUCAAGGACUAUACUGGCUUUCCAUGUUCUUGCCCACUAAUUACAAAUCACAUACACUGCCAAUUAUUCUCCAAAACAGAGCAGAUGUUUUUAGAUUGAUUUCUUAACCUUCCAGGCAGUAAUUUCACUACGAUAUGCAAACCAUUACAGUGAACAAUAUGUUGCCUUUUCUUGUUCAAAGUCAUUUUAUUGCAGUUGCAAGAAGCAUUUUCCAAACUUUACAGCUUUAGAUUUCACGGGCACUCUAUCCUUGACCUUCGUGGAUUUCAGGUUCAACUGCUCAAAAGCUUUUGAUGGCCAAGCUGUGUUGUCAGAAAGUGAAAGCAAGGAGACAAACAUAGGAAACAUGUUGAAAAGGAAUUAUUUCAGAUGUGGGAGCAUCCUUGAACACAUCAACAGAGGCUGUUCUUGAAACAGUUUUCAGCCUAACAACAGCAGAACUGAAAAACAACAAACACAGACAGGCAUUUAAAUAUUCUCUGUCUGAAUCAAUCUAAAACCCCUUUUGGAAAAUAAUCAGCAGUGAUAGUUGUUUAAAUUAUUUACUGUAGAUUGUGAAUAGCAGUAAAUAGCACUGACAUGUUUUCUGCAUCUUUUCCCCCCAAACGGAUAAAUAGCAACAGCUCACCUACAGGGAGAGUUUUGUUUCUUCAGAUAGGUGGGGUCUGACCACGAGAUGGCUGACCGCCACCACAAACAUGAAAGCACAGGGACGGCUUUGAUGAGGUUACAGAUCUACUUUCCCAGGAGGUUGCAGCCACACAGACACACUGCAGGAGAUGUUUCCAUUAUGUUCUCCUCCAGGUUUAGAAAUGUUAGCCGGUAUGGUUCACAGACAUAUCGGGCACUGAUUUCAUGCUACGCAACAGAGAGCUUAGUUUAGGUGUGGGAGGGGAAGUGUUGGAUCUGGUGUGUUUUAGAACUGUCUGAGAAAAUGCUCUGUGUUGGUUUAGUUUGCCUGGAGUCCCACGUAAAGAGAGUGUACAGAUUCAGGAAAUGUUUCAUUUUUUCAUUUUUGCUUCGUGAAUUUCUGGGAAAAAAUGUCUUUAGCUGCUAUUUAGAUUAGACACAAUCCAGCUCAAAAAGAAAAAAGAAAAAAAGAAUUUUAAAUUUUCCUCUUGACAUUCAUGACAGAAUGUGUUUUAAAUGGUUUUAACGAGUCAGGGCCUGAGGCUGCGAAAACGAACAAGAAUUUUCGAUGCUGUUUGAUACAACUUGGACGAGAAAACACGAUUCAAAGAGGACCGAAUAAUGAACUGAACUGCUAAGAGACUUUGUACAGAACAUGCAUGUUUCUCAACCUAUGGCUCAGGACCCACAGUGGGCACCGUGGGUGACUUUGAGUGGGUUCCAGCCCAACUAAAGAAGUGGAGUAAUAUAUUUCUGGUCCUGUAGCUCCAGCCGGUAAUGACAUCUGGCUGUAAAUUAUAAAGCAGACCCGAUGUAUAAUGAAUAAACCUUUAUUGUACAAAGUUGGAACUUGAGAAAGUGCUAAAUGGGACUGGCGUCGAAUGGCCUGUGGGAUGUGAGCGAUUUCAGUGACUUUACAAGGCAGUAAAUUGUGAUUUGUUCUUAAUGUUAAAAUGUUAAACCAACACAACAUGUUCCACCUCUAUUAACUUUAUUCUUAGUGGUAUUUAUUUUGUUUAAUCUGGAGUAAAACUGCUUGAUUCCGGAGUUGUGAGGUCAGAGGUUUUUUUGGGAAACGCUUCAACCACGAUGUCUCACAAGCUGUCUAUCUAUCUGUCUUUGUAUGCAUGUACUGUAUGUUUGUGCCCACACAUUGAAGUCUGCACAGUCCUUUUCUUUAUUUUUAUUUUGGAAGAUUUCCGAAUGCUAAAUGUUCCAAAUGUUUCUCUUGAUGCACCUUCUCACUCCCACCUGCAGAAAUUCAGAUGAGUCCUGCCUAUAGUCAUCUUUGAGAAUCUGGACCAUCUUGCAGGCAUUUAAAUCUAAAAGCUUCAGCUCAAGGCAGUUGGAAAUAAAAAUGGUAUCCCAGAACAACAAAUACAAACCCAAUGUUGACAUCAGAAGUGAGCUGAGCAGAGACAGUAGAGUAGUUUAUCUAUCAGAUUGCAUUAGGGAUGGAAGAGUAACGUUACUAACAUUUAAAGUGGAGUGGGAGAAGGAGAAAGACAGACAGACUAACUAGAUUAAAACUUAACUUUAUUUUCGACAGUUAACUGGAAGAAGAUGCAUGGUUAAGUCCAAUAAUAACAGCCUGUCAUAUUUUCGUAUUUAAUUUCAUUCCACAAUGAUGCUGAGCAUGUGAAUCCACCUAUAUUAGACUAAAUAUAUCCCAUGCUGGGUCGUGCAAGAUCCCAAUCUGUUUGCUCUGCUGGUUGUAUUUCUGUAUGUGUGUGAGUGUUUGUAUAGUACAUGUGUGUGUGUCUUUGUGUGUGUUUGACAUGAGUGGGAUCAGAGUGAGAGAAGCUGAAAUUAAGUUUCAGAGGCCAAGACAGUAAAUCUGGCAAAUGGGGGACCCAGAAAUGGAUCAGAGACACUUUUGAUGCUGUAAGAAAAACAAACCAGAAUGACUCCAAGCAGAGAGAGAAAAUUAACAUAGCCUGGGUUCUUUAGCUUUGGCCAUAUGAAAGAGCUAAACAGCGCUGAGUUCUUCAAUGUAUGUGUUUGAGUAAAGGGAGAGAGUUUAUGGGGGAGUGCGUAGCUCCUUUAACUGUUGAAUGUUGAAAAUGUGUGUGUCAGGUACAGCCAUGUCUCAGAAAUGAAAGGGUGUGUGGGUGAGUGUGAAGCUGGCAGUGAAAUCCAAAUGAUAUCAGGACUUGUGGACGUGUGUGGUGUGUUUUCAAGUAAACGGUGUAAGUUCAGGUGUCUUUAACGGUGUUAACAGCAGAUAACACCUGCGAGUCAUUUUGUGAGUGAAGAAAGUUAAUACUUGAAGGUUUUUUUUUGUCUGUCAAAAGCUUGUCUGUUCAUAUUCAGAGCUAAAUUAACGUCCACCACUGUACAGGCCAGUGAAACUUGAACCGCACAUCAUAUCUUAUGAGUUGUAGCUACUGACGCACUGUCAUUUUGAAGUCAGUAGGUUCUUGCCAUACCAUUAUAGUCAUUUCUGUUCAUGUUUUAAGAUGAAUGGCUAUCCAUUAGAGUAAACAUGAACACUAUACUACUUUAAUCAAGAUAAAAUGGCAUUUAUUUUGUUAGCACUCAGAACAGGAUAUGGGUCAUAGUAGCAAACUGACAAAGCCUUGCAGAAGCUGCGUACAGUAACUAAUGUAUCUUCCAGUACAGUGGUAAAUACAACUCUAGCUUAAAUUAAUAUGGAAAAUACAUUUAUUUGCUUUCUUUCCCAGUUUUAGAUUAGUAGAUGGAUGCUGUUCCCAUGGCAAUGCAGGAAAGCUACCACCAGCAGCUUAGUACACAGACUAAAGCUGAAGAUUGAAAACAGGGGGAAUACAGCAAGCAUGUUAUUUCUUUAAAAACUGACAUAAAUAAAUAAAUGUAACUUUUCAAAAAGGAACCGUCUAGCCAUUACAUUACAGAAGCGAGCAGCAGACGCUAGUGGCUAGUGACUUUGGCUCUCUAUCUGUGGCUGUCAUCAUAUGACAUUAGUGACCAGCUUUCAGGCAACGUCAUGCUGGUGAGUGGAAAAUGCAUGGUAGCCAGAAUGCACACACAGUUUGACAGUCGUCAAACCUUCCAUUUUCUUAAGAGAAGAUGCCAACUUUGAGUUCAUUCUGAGCGCACUGCCAGCUAAAGAGUUUCUAUUUUCUCUCUGUUCUCCUGUAAAAUCCAUCAAAUCCAACCACCUAAAAAAAUAUGAAAAUAAUCACACUUGUAUGUACUCCGGCUUGUGGAUAUUGUGUGUAUAUGAGUGUGUGCUCUGUGUAUAUUUGCGUCAGAUCCAAACCCCACACGAGUAGGAGGCAGAACUCCUACGAGACAUUUUUAUGGCAGACCAUUUUAAACAUUCAGUGUUUCCCUCAAAGACGUGGUGCAGAGCUGCUCCUCAUUCAUUACAACGGCCUCAUGUGUUACACUCUGUUAUGCCGUAUUUACAUCUCAGUGUCAAUAUUCACCUCUUGUGAUUUUCCAGACGACUUCUUUGCAGACGGAAUGAAACUGUCUUCAGCUAAUCUCUUCUCAUGUGUGGAGACUUAUUUUUUCUUUUUGUAAAUAUGUAUAAAGGUCUGCUUUCAAAUGAG